AGUUUAUCGAAGAACAAUUUUAGCAAAAGAAAAGCUUAAAGAAAAGAAAUGGCAAAGAACUUCAACUCCGUCAGCUUCACCGUUCUCUUGCUUGUCCUCAUGAUGGCUUCUACUGGAAUCCUCAAGACCAAGGCUCUGCCUGGGGUGGAGUGCCCAGUUGGAAGUGGAUGCCUUGACCCUAGUAAGCGUGUGUUCUUAGACGAGUGCGGGCCGGUGCCGUUCCUAGGUACAGAUUCGGAUUGUUGUACAUGUUGCAAAGCCAAAUACCCAACUCCUCCACUAUGUUGGGCGGUAGUUGAAGGAACCAAUCCUCCACACUGCCAUUGCUACCAAAAGGCGCCUUGAAAUUACAUCCUAUAAUCACCAAGUGUAACUUUUGUAUCCUAUCCAUUCAGUGUGAGAACAUGACGUGUGUAUGUUUAUGUUCAAGUUUCUUUUGAUUCCAAAUAAAACAUCAAGGGCAAAGCUUAUCACUUCGUUGCCCCUCAAGUGUAAGCUCCUGUUGUGUGCA